AUCUCUUCCGCCCCCGACGCGGGCGCUGGGCGGUGUUUGCUCGGCUCGCUUCUUGUACUUGGAUGCUUGGUUCCAGUGUGUUCUCCGCGCUCGGUGUUCGCUUCCCUCUGAGAGGACGCUGUCUCUCCCCGGCGUCCUGCUGUCAGUGCGAGGCUAUCGUCCAGCGGCCGCCAACUGCUGCUGGUGCCCCAAGGCCAGAACACCUCAGGCCAACUCCUCCCCUCUUCUUUCGCGCUUUGCCGGGUGGCUAGAUACGGUUAGCUCCUAUCACGUGACCUACUGGACAAAAUUGGGAUAAAUUGAAGCGUAUGAGAUUAUCUAGUUAUUGUAAGCAUCUUGUUUAACUAAGUGGAAAAGAAAGUAUGUUGGUGAAGGGGCACUGCUCAGAAGAAAGUCCUGGCACUCCAGUCCCAACAACAGCGAGCACACAGCGUGUUUGUGCCCUAAACCAGGCCUCCCCAGAGGGCUACUUCACCCUAGGGUCUUGCCAAGGUAGAGAAACUGAGGUUGGAAAGAUGAAAUGAGCUCCCAAGGUCACAGAUGCCAACAGAAUUCAGCAGAAGCGACUAUUGCCGAGUUCUGAGCCUAGGCCUCAAGAAACCUUGCAGCUUUUGCUCUGAUUCUCUUAGAACAUUUUCACCAUUAUGUGAAGGAGUCCAACUGGAGAGAGAGGCCCAAACAUGCCAGCUGAGGCCAUCGUAGGCCAUCAGGCCAAGCUGCCAGCUGACUGCAGCCAGUGAGUCCAGGCUCCCGAGAGCUGCGAUGCUCACAGAGGCGCGGAGAGCUUAGCCGAGCACUAGCCUGCGGUAGCGGCAGCCUCUUCACCCACCUCUCUCCAGCCAUGGGGCUCCCUAGUGGGUCUCUCGCGUCCCUCCUCCUCUGCCUCUUACUCUUACUCCAGGUUUGCUGGCUGCGGUGCGCGGCCUCCGAGUCGUCUCAGACGGCCUUCCGGGGUGCCGAAGUGACCUUGGGGACGGGAGGCGCGGAGUUGGAGCCCGGCCGGGCGCCGGGGAAAGUUUUCAAGGGCUACCCUGGGCAAGAGUCAGCCCUGCUUAGCCCCGAAGAUGACUUCACUGUGCUGAACGACAGAACAGUCCAGGAAAGGAAGGCAUUGAAGAUCUCCCCAUCCAAACGUAUCUUACGAAGACGCAAGAGAGAAUGGGUAGUCCCACCGAUAUCUAUCCCUGAGAAUGGCAAAGGUCCCUUCCCCCAGAAGCUGAAUCAGCUCAAAUCUAAUAAGGACAGAGGCACCAAGAUUUUCUACAGCAUCACGGGGCCUGGGGCAGACAGCCCCCCUGAGGGCGUCUUCACCAUAGAGAAGGAAACAGGCUGGUUGUUAGUGAAUAAGCCACUGGACCGGGAGAAGAUUGCCAAGUAUGAGCUCUUUGGCCACGCUGUGUCAGAGAACGGCGCCUCAGUGGAAGAGCCCAUGAACAUCUCCAUCAUUGUGACAGACCAGAAUGACCACAAGCCCAAGUUCACCCAGGAUGUCUUCAGAGGGAGUGUCUUGGAGGGGGUAGUACCCGGCACUUCUGUGAUGCAGGUGACAGCCACGGAUGAGGAUGAUGCCAUUAACACCUACAAUGGGGUGAUUGCUUACUCCAUCCAUAGCCAAGAGCCAAAGGACCCUCACGACCUCAUGUUCACUGUCCACCGAAGCACAGGCACCAUCAGUGUCAUCUCCAGUGGCCUGGACCGGGAGAGAGUCCCUGAGUACACACUGACCAUCCAGGCUACGGACAUGGAUGGGGAUGGCUCUGCCACCACGGCAGUGGCCAUGGUGGAAAUCCUCGAUGCCAAUGACAAUGCUCCCGUGUUUGAUCCCCAGAAGUACGAGGCCCGUGUGCCUGAGAAUGCGGUGGGCCACGAGGUACAGAGGCUGACAGUGACUGAUCUGGAUGCUCCCAACUCACCGGCAUGGCACGCUACCUACCGCAUCUUGGAGGGUGAUGACGGGGGCCAUUUCACCAUUACCACCCACCCUGAGAGCAACCAGGGUGUCCUGACAACCAAGAAGGGCUUGGAUUUUGAAGCCAAAAACCAGCACACCCUGUAUGUUGAAGUGACCAAUGAGGCUCCCUUAAUGGUGAAGCUUCCAACGUCCACGGCCACCGUAGUGGUCCGUGUAGAAGAUGUGAAUGAGGCACCUGUGUUCAUCCCACCCUCCAAAGUCAUCGAAGUCCAGGAGGGCAUCUCUGUCGGGGAGCCUGUCUGCACCUACACUGCACAGGACCCUGACAAGGGGAGUCAGAAGAUCAGCUACCACAUCCUGAGAGACCCAGCCGGGUGGCUAGCGAUGGAUGCAGACAGUGGGCAGGUCACUGCUGCAGGGAUUUUGGACCGUGAGGAUGAGCGGUUUGUGAGGAACAACAUCUACGAAGUCACAGUCUUGGCCGCGGAUGAUGGGAGCCCUCCCACCACUGGCACGGGGACCCUCCUGCUAACACUUAAGGACGUCAACGACCAUGGCCCGGUCCCCGAGCCCCGUCAGAUCACCGUCUGCAACCAAAGCCCUGUGCCCCAAGUGCUGAACAUCACAGACAAGGACCUGUCCCCCCACACCUCCCCUUUCCAGGCCCAGCUCACACACGACUCAGACAUCUACUGGACGGCAGAGGUCAAUGAGCAAGGAGACACAGUGGCCUUGUCACUGAAGAAGUUCCUGAAGCAAGACACAUAUGACGUGCACCUUUCUCUGUCCGACCAUGGCAACAAGGAACAGCUGACGGUGAUCAAGGCCUCUGUGUGUGACUGCCAUGGCCAUGUGGUGACCUGCCCCAAACCUUGGAAAGGGGGUUUCCUCCUCCCCAUCUUGGGGGCCAUCCUGGCUCUGCUGCUCCUCCUGCUGGUGCUCCUCUUAUUGGUGAGAAAGAAGCGGAAGGUCAAGGAGCCCUUGUUGCUCCCGGAAGAUGACACCCGUGACAACGUCUUCUACUAUGGCGAAGAGGGGGGUGGUGAAGAGGACCAGGACUAUGACAUCACCCAGCUCCACCGGGGUCUAGAGGCCCGGCCUGAGGUAGUUCUUCGAAAUGAUGUGGCGCCAACCUUCAUCCCCACACCCAUGUACCGUCCACGUCCAGCCAACCCAGAUGAAAUUGGCAACUUCAUUAUUGAGAACUUGAAGGCAGCUAACACGGACCCCACAGCCCCGCCCUAUGACUCCCUGUUGGUGUUCGACUAUGAGGGCAGCGGCUCUGAUGCCGCCUCCCUGAGCUCCCUCACCUCCUCCGCCUCUGACCAGGACCAAGACUAUGACUACCUGAAUGAGUGGGGCAGCCGCUUCAAGAAGCUGGCAGACAUGUAUGGUGGUGGCCAGGACGACUAGCCCUCUGGGCCAGCAGAGCCAGGGCAUAAACAUCAGGCCGCAGCUGCACCUUCAAGGGGUCUCAGUCCUCCCUCAGCCAAGGACUUUGGAGCUGUUGAGAAGUGGUCUUAGUGACCUGAAGGGAAGAAGCCUCAAGUCUGACAUUAGAGGGAGGGACAUGGGCAGUCUGACUACUCAGCCUGGGCCUGGGGUGCCUCGGAGGCUGAAUUUCCAGGACACUCUUCUCUACCAUAAAAUGCUCAGCCCUGUGUCCUGGGCUUGGACUGACUCUGACUUCCCCAUGAUAAUGUUCUGUCCGGAAUGGACCCUUCUCAGAAGAGGCCUCUUAUUGCAACCUGGAUUUUUUUUUUUUUUUUUUUUAAUGCUGUUUUCAAAAAAGUUAGAGGCGGGUCCUCAACUGUCCCUUGGAGCCCUCCAGAAGCCCAGGCCCUCCGAGCUGCUCGGCUCCUGUGCCCUCGUGCAUUCCUCUCUGAUCUCCAGGCCCCGAGCCCUCCUCUUUGAAUGGAUUACUGCGUUUUUAUACUGAGCGCGUCUAGGUUGUCCUUUAUUUUUUAUUUUCCCUGUGGAGUGCUGUAGAUGAAGGGUGAUGACAAUCAUGUAAAUGUACUAGAAGUUUUUAUUAAAGGAAUUUUUGCCAGAGA